CUCUCUCUCUCUCUCUCUCACUCACACACACUUAUUGUUCUUCUCCUUCCUUUAAUGGCUUCUGUCACACACCCAAUACCCAGCAGCAGAACCAACAAUAAUCACAUCACAUUCUCGCAAACAAAGUCUCUCCCCUUUGGGCAGGUUUCACUUCCCAUGAAAAAGAAACAUGACUUGUCUCCCCUUAGCCACUCAAUUGCUGCUACGAGUUCCAUACUAGGAAUCACCAGCACCUCCAAUUCCAGCCAUGCACACACUAGUACUCUUUCCAAAACAAUAACUACAAAGCCCACACACACUAGUACUCUUUCCAAUUUCUGGAGAGAGGUUCAAGGGUGCAACAACUGGGAAAACCUUUUGGAGCCUUUGCACCCUCUUCUCCGCCAAGAGAUCAUUCGCUAUGGCGAGUUUGUAACCGCCUCAUACAAGGCCUUUGAUCUCGACCCCAACUCCAAACGAUACUUGAACUGCAAGUACGGGAAGAAGAGGAUGCUGAGUGAGGUGGGAAUGUCAAACUCUGGCUACAACAUCACUAAGUACAUCUAUGCCACACCUGACAUAAACAUAAACCUCCCCAACAUCACUAACUCUUCUUCUUCUGGUCGGUGGAUUGGUUACGUGGCUGUGUCAUCAGAUGAAGCUGUCAAGAGACUUGGCAGGAGAGACAUAUUGGUAACUUUCCGCGGAACAGUUACCAAUCAAGAAUGGAUUUCGAACCUGAUGAGUUCAUUGACACCGGCCAUGCUUGAUCCCUAUAAUCCACAACCUCAAGUGAAGGUGGAGUCAGGGUUUCUCUCUCUUUACACCUCAGAUGAAAGCUCAGCUUCCAAGUUUGGACUCGAGAGUUGCAGGGAACAGCUUCUCUCUGAGGUGUCAAGGUUGAUGAACAGGUACAAAGGGGAGAACGACAACCUUAGCAUAUCUUUGGCUGGUCACAGCAUGGGAAGUGCUUUGGCCAUCUUGCUUGCCUAUGACAUAGCCGAGCUUGGAUUGAACAAAAAGAGUGGCAGCACUGAGGUGCCCGUUACUGUGUUCUCAUUUGGGGGACCAAGAGUUGGUAACUCCGAAUUCAAGCACCGCUGUGAGGAGUUGGGUGUCAAAGUGCUACGAAUAGCGAAUGUUAAUGACCCCAUCACGAAACUACCCGGCGUUGUGUUCAACGAGAAUUUUAGGGUUUUGUUGGGUGGUAGGUACGAGUUCCCUUGGAGUUGCUCGUGUUAUGCUCAUGUGGGGGUUGAACUAAUGCUUGAUUUCUUCAACGUGCAAAACCCUUCUUGCGUUCAUGACUUGGAUACCUAUAUUUCCCUUCUCAGGCGUCCAAAUAAGCGCAAAAGGGAUGGAGAUGGAGUAAAUUCUUUGUUGGAGAAAGCAACAGAGUUGCUCUUCAACUCGCAAACCAUGAAAACUUUGCCCGGAUUCUUAACUGCAUACAACUACCAUGAUUUGCUGAAUUCAGUCUCAAGGGACAUAUUGUGUUCUUGGAGCGAUGAAUUGCUUUUUGGCUUGGUUUUUUUGUUGUUGUAAGUAGUAUCUUGUAAUUAAGUAAUGAAAUUAAAGUAGAUAACUGAUUAAUAUAUAGUUUUACAAGUAGAAAGGAAUUAGCUAUAGCUAGAAAUUGUAAAAUGAAGAGUGCAGACUGCUGAGGUCUAUAUAUGUAUGUAAAUCCUUGUAAAUU